AGGAUCACCGACCAGGGCCUGCAGUACGUGGCCAAGGAGGGGCUGGUGGCCCUGCAGGGUGAGCUGCAUAAAAUUAUGCUGCCUGACUUCACUGGGGACUUCAAGAUCAAGCAUGUUGGACGUGGGCACUACGAGUUCCACAGCCUGCACAUCCACAGCUGUGAGCUGCUGAGCUCUGCUUUGACACCCCUUCCUGGCCAGGGCCUGAGCCUGUCCAUCUCCGACUCCUCCAUCCGCGUCCAGGGCGACUGGAAGGUGCACAUGUCAUUCCUGAGGCUACACGGCUCCUUUGACGUGCACAUCAAGGGCAUGACCAUUUCCGUCAACCUGGUCCUGGGCAGCGAGCCCUCGGGGAGGCCCACGGUCACUGCCUCCAGCUGCAGCACCCACAUCCAUGAUGUGGAGGUGGACAUGUCGGGAAAUUUGGGGUGGCUGCUGAAUCUCUUCCACAACCAGAUCGAGUCCAGAUUCCGAGAAAUACUGGAGAGCAAGGUUUGCGAAAUUAUCCAGAAAUCGGUGACCUCUGACCUACAGCCUUACCUCCAAACUCUUCCAGUCACGACAGAGAUCGACAGUGUCGCUGGCAUUGAUUACAGCCUAAUGGAGGCCCCUCGGGCAGCGGCCCAGAUACUGGACGUGAUGUUGAAGGCUGAAAUUUUUAACCGUGAACAUCGCACCCCAGUUGCUUUCCUUGCUCCUGUCAUGAGCCUUCCUGAGGAACACACCCGAAUGGUCUACUUUGCCAUCUCUGAUUAUGUCUUCAACACAGCCAGCCUGGUAUAUCAUGAGGCAGGGUACCUGAACUUCUCCAUCACAGAUGAUGUGGUUCCACCGACCUCCAACAUCCGACUGACCACCAAGUCCUUCCGCGCCUUCGUCCCCCAGUUGGCCAAACGCUACCCCAACAUGAACUUGGAGCUCCAGGGAAGAGUGGUCUCUGCCCCCGUCCUGAACUUCAGCCCCGGGAACCUGUCCUUGGCCCCCCAGAUGGAGGUUGAGGGCUUUGUGCUCCUGCCUAACUCUGCCAGGGAGCUUAUCUUCCAGCUCGGCGUGACCACUAACCUGUCGGCCACGUUGACCUUCAACACCAGCAAGAUCACUGGGUUCCUGAAGCCAGAAAAGGUACAAGUGGAACUGAAAGAAUCUAAAGUUGGACUAUUCAAUGUGGAGCUGUUAGAGGCGCUGCUCAACUACUACAUUCUCAACACCCUCUACUUGGAGGUCAAUGCUAAACUGGCAUCAGGCUUCCCCCUUCCUCUGCUAAAACGUAUUCAGCUCUACGACCCUGUUGUCCAGAUCCACAAGGACUUCCUGUUCUUAGGCGCCAACAUCCAGUACCUGAGAGUUUGAGGGCGAGGAGACAGACGGGCACGGAGUCCGCAGCGGGGUCAGCAGGGUGCAGCUCCAGAUCUGCAGGCCAUUCCCGGAGAUUCUGGGAGGAUGAAGACUUUCCUGUUCUCUCUGGGGGGAGGUCUGCCUGGCCUCUGCCCCCACUCCUCUUCGGGAGGUGUGCCCAGGCCCUCUUCAACUCCGGACUUUACUUUCUCCGCCAGGAUGGACUAUCGUCCUCACUGGCCUGUAGAUCAUCAAGGGCAGGCACCGUUGUUUUCAUUCACCGUCUGAUCCCCAUGCACAGUGCUGACACGUAGUGGGUCCUCAAUAAAUAUGUACUGAAUGAUUCCCUGAAGGAA